ACCCUAGAAUCGCUGUUUUUCCUCUCGCUCCUCCUGUGGGCGGCGCCGCCGCUGCGCACAGAACACAUCCUCGCCAUCGUAGCUUCUCCGGCGUCCGGCCAACGCGCUCACUAGCCUCCCGCCUUCCUCCACAUCUCCUCGCCUCCACCCCAUCCAGUUCGUGCCAUUCGCUGCUCCAAGACAAGGGCAUGGCGCUCGGCGGCUGCGGCAACGAAGCUGAUGGUGCACGAGCCAACCAUGAAGGCAGUAGCACGGGGCAGCGACAGCAGCAUGGAGGGCGUCCUCUUGUUUGGGAAGGUAAUGGAACUGCAAAUAGGAGUGGCAGCGGCGACCAGGAUGCAAAUGGAAGUGGUUCCCAAAGACCUUGGAAAGGACUUAAAGACAAUAACUUAUAUGAUCCUUGGAACCAUGCAUGGCCGUAUUAUGGGGGUUUUGAUUGCACGUACUGCAGCCUAAAGCACAAAGGUGGAGGUGCAACCCGUGUCGCGGAGCAUCUUGGUGGUAUUGUAGGUAAUGUGAGGAGCUGCCCCAAUGUGCCAAGAAAUGUGAGAGAUGCAAUGAGAGAGUGCCGGGAUGAAUCAAGGAGGAAGCAAAGAGACAAACAAAAUAGCAGGCUGAGAAUUGAAAGAAAUAUUAUGGAAGGGUUGUAUAAAAAAGGAGGGGUGGUUAACGUACCAGAUGAUGAUGAAGAAGAAAUUCAGAUGAAUAUUAGAGAAGCAUUGCGUGACCCGAAUGUCUCUCGCAGAAUUGAAAGGAGAAUUGGCAAGGGGGGUGUGGGUGAUGUGCAUGUUUCUGUUGGUAAAAGGAGUAUCAGCGCCUAUUUUGACAGGCAAUUAUCUAGCAACAAAGUAUCUAUGCAGCCCAAGAUCAGUAGUGCUUUGGAUCCUAAUUCAAGAGAUGCACUUGGUCUAGCAAAGAAGUCGUCUUCUAUAUGACAAGCUCCACAAGCUAGUUUCUCUACGCUACAACUUAAAGAUACGUGCUGAAGAAGAUCAAGAGAAAGAGAGAGAUAUAGAUAAAGAAAUUGAUCCAAGUGUAUUGCUAAUGGAUACCACAAUGUUUGAUGAAACAAACCCAAUAAUGGAGUGGCUGAAUGAGGAUGUAGAGGAUCCGAUUGUGGAUGGAGCUGAUGCAGCUAGUGCUGUUUUUGAGCAAAUAAGGCGCCUCAACUCAAGCAGGAAGGCGUCUUAUGUUGGUUCAAAGGGUAAUAACAAGAAAAGAAAGAGGAAUGAUGAUGAUGAGAAUGAGUUUCUUGAAACUGAGAGUGAGGAUGAUGAAGAAGAGAAUGAAUAUGUUGAUAAUGACAUCGAGGAUGAUGAUGGGGUGAGUGAGGAUGAUGAGGAUGGUGAACAAGAUCAGCUAGAGACACAAAUGCAACUUGAAGAAGAGACACAAGUACAAGUUCAAAAGGAGGCACCAACAAGCACUGGCCAUUUGGAGACUAGCUCUGGACGACUUAUUAGGAAGAAGACCAAGAACGUCAACAGCCUCUACUCGUAAAUUUGAAAUGGCACGUGAGCAAAGGAUAUCAAGAAGCUUUUGGAUGUUGGGAAGCUUGGAGCUGAUGCUUCAAAUAAGCUGAUGGUUGUCUUUUGGAGAUGUUUCUAUGUUUAAUGCUUUAAAGUCUUUUGGCUGUACUGGACUAUUUAAACUUUGAACUAUGCUGUGAUGCUUGAACUGAUGCUGGACGGUUAAGGGUUUAUGUCAGAGGCAACUUUAUAACUAAUGUGUGCCUGUUAUGUUGGACUGUUAAGGGUUAUGUUGGAGGCAAUUUUAUAACUAAUGUGUGUCUGCUAUGUUGGAUUGUUAACUGUUAUGUUGGAGGCAACAUUAUAGCUAACGUGUGCCUGUUAUGUUGGGCAGAUUCAAUUUUCUUAA